AUUUAUGUGAAACAGUGCAGACAGACUAACCAUAUUACAGACAAGGUUUAGCGGAUCAAGAAAAAAUCACCUGCAAGGACCCAGAACAUACCAUCUCGUCAGAGUUAAGGACAUAACCAGUACACAUGGACAACAUCCGGUGUGCUUUAUCCCGUUAAAUCGACGCCCAUAAUGGCAAAGAGUAAUAUGUAAACUUGACGUCACUAAGUUGUUGAUAAGAGUUGUUGAUAAUCUUGUCGGAAGGUUUAGUAAUGACCAGUUGAACCUGAGCCGUCUGAAAAUGAAAUGGAUGCUGGCCUAUUUCACUUUGAGCCUGUCAAUAGGCGGUGUGUACAGCGACACGACGGUGACGAUCCACUCUCAAUGGUUGGCACAGGGAGGUAGUGCUCGCUAUGACAGUAACAGGUGGAACAAGCACAAUAGCCUUGAUCAGGAGUCCCUUAUUCCCGAAUGUCGGAACCUUCGGACUGACGCUGGGCGCUGGAAUAACAAUGGCUUUAGUUAUCGUCUCUUCGAAGAUUGGCCUGAGGAUCCAAACCGUAGCGGCUACCCAGAUCCCAGCUACUUGAAGAAUGCCACCAAGCAGAAGGAACUGUUUUCCUUGUACCUUGCUAACAUUAACAGUGGUUAUGAGAACGACAUGAUCAUGAUGUCGAGAGGUUUGUUUUACCCGAGUUGGAUGAACCAGUCCGAACAUGCAGGUCAAUUCCCCAACAACGUCGAUGCUGCUGCAGAGUUCAUGAUGUUGAUGGUGCAAGGAGUUUAUGAUUUCACCAAAGGACAGAUCCCACCCUACAUUGAACCCAUGAAUGAACCGGACACCAAAUUUAACAUCUUGAAUUUCACAACAGUUGCCACGUUCCACAAAUCAGUUGCGGAGAAACUCCAUGCAAGAUUUAACAUCAAAGUUACUGGUCCCACACUUGAUGGUUUCGCCAGAAAUUCGGACAGAAACAACUUUACCGACUGGAAAACAGUGGCAAAUUUCAUGGACCUCACUUUAGACUAUUUAGAUGUGUUUUCCUUUCAUUCGUACAACUCACUUAUAGUCUCGGGAAAAUCUCACAAUUUCACUGGGAUGAAUGAAGCAAGGUUAGUAGCAUUUGUCGACCUGGUUGAAAAUUAUGCCUCUCUGAAGACAGGGAAGAUUGUCCCCCUUGUUAUCAGUGAGUAUGGUCGCGACAUCGUGAAAGGAAUCAGCCCAACUGCUCCAUCAGCAAUAGUAGAUUUUGCAACAAUAUACCACUCCAAUGCCCACCGAUUUACCCAGCUAGGUCUUAGGGAAUACAUUGACAGAACAGUGGUGUUUCUUUUAGCCAAUAAUGAAUAUCCUUUUCCCAACUCGCAACUUUUCACUAACCGAGGACGACCUAAACGUGUCAUCGACGUCUUCAAGUUCUGGUACAAAUUCACGCCAGACUACUCCUUUAUCAGAACUACCAGCCAGUAUGAUGGAGUGGAACGAACGGUGUCGCCGUUAGCAAUGUCUAGUUCCCUACAUAAUGAAACCGUCAUUCUUUUGCAUAGCUAUUCUCAGAAGUCACAGGCCGUGAAGCUAGACUUUGAAGACGACUGGAUCAAACCAACCAAUGGAGAAGCUACUUGUAUCACCAUCAAGGACGACUGGUACCCAGUCAUCACAUUCAAUGAAACCUUCGAUAUCCAGAAAACCCAGGGAAUUGUUGAACUUCCUCCUGAAGCAACAUGUCACUUCACAUUCAAGACCCCCUCAGACCAACUACCUAAUGUCACACUCAAUGAAACCACAUACUACGGAGCUGAUACACUUAUAUCAAUCAAGGGCAAUAUCGCCUUAACAGUAAUAGCUCUUCCAAAUGGUCAAUAUCACAGUGCCAGACUGAGAGUUUCUGCCAGUUGGCCGAUUAAUGAAGAAACAGUGUAUCAUAUCUUACCUUGAACCUCCACCUCCUUGAAUCUUUCUAUAAGCUGUAUGAUGCCAACAUGAUUGGAAGUACCACCUUUUGGGAGGUCUGGGAGUUUGCUGUCCCAACCUCCCUGUUUGCCACCGGGCCUAACCAAGUACAGAUUCACUUCUCUAACAACAUGACAGCGGGACAUGUUUCUUCAGUUGCUCUUGUCACAGCCAAGUUUGUCCAAACUGACUUAAAGUCAUGAUAAUGAUAUAUUCCUCAACUUUGACAUUAUUAAACAAA